AUGACACAAAAUGGGAUUCUUGAGGUCGAGCCUUUUGAUGUAUGGGGCAUUGAUUUUAUGGGACCAUUUCCCUCUUCUUGUGGGAAUCGAUACAUUUUGGUUGCCGUCGAAUAUGUCACCAAGUGGGUCGAAGCUAUUACGUCGCCUACUAAUGAUUCAAAAGUCGUUAUGAAGCUAUUUAAAAAGAUCAUCUUUCCGCGGUUCGGAGUCCUAAGAGUUGUUAUUAGUGACGGUGGUUCUCAUUUCCAUCAACGAACUUUCAAGGCUCUUCUUAAGAAACAUGGAGUUACUUACAAGUUGGAUGAUACAUUGUGGGCAUUGCGAAUGGCUUACAAGACUCCGUUAGGGACAACUCCAUAUCGGUUGGUGUAUGGCAAAGCUUGUCAUUUACCGGUCGAAAUGGAAUAUCUUUCAAAAUGGGACGUCAAGGAGAUUAAUUUAGAACUAGAAAAGGCCAGUGAAGCAAGACUUCUUCAAUUGAACGAGCUAGAUGAGAUACGCCUUGAUGCUUAUGAGAAUCAUAGGCUCUACAAAGAGAAAACGAAGAAUUUUCAUGAUAAGAUGAUCCAGAAACGAGAGUUCAAGGUUGGCGACAAGGUCUUUCUUUAUAACUCGAGACUUCGGCUCUUUCUUGGAAAGCUUAAGUCUAGAUGGUCCGAGCCUUUCACAGUUACUGAUGUCAAAGCACAUGGAGCCAUUGAGGUUGCUAGCAAAAACGGCACGAAAUUCAAGGUAAAUGGACAACGUUUGAAGCUAUAUAUUGAGGGUGCUUUUAUCGGCAAAUUGCAGAUGAUUUAUCUCUGCGAUCCACCAAUUGAUGCUUGA